AUGCUUUUGAGCUAUAGCAGUGCGUUACGUCAGGAUCAGCGCAAAUUUAUGUUGCAGCACAGGACGAAAGCAGCUUUAUCAGCAGCAGCAGGAGCAGGCAUGCUUACAUCUGGCUCCACUCGGUGCCAGUCUGUGGCUGUUCGUGUUGGCCACUCUUCGUUCCCGAAUGACCUAAAUCAACGGAUGCCUGCUCUCGCCCCAGCAAAACAGGCGACACCGAGAGCUCCGCCUUUUACCGCACCGCUAUUUUUGGGCAGGAUUCUAGGGGCGCAGGAGAGCGGCGAGAAAUUGCAGCUGUUCAACUGA